AUGGCUACCUUGAAUCACACUGGGGUGAACCACAAAGUCUUCCGCUUGCUGGGCAUCCCUGGCCUAGAGGACCAGCACAUGUGGAUUUCCAUCCCUUUCUUCAUUUCCUAUGUCAUUGCCUUACUCGGGAACGGCCUGCUUAUCUUUAUCAUCCUCACAAGGCGCAGCCUCCAUGAACCCAUGUACCUCUUCCUCUGUAUGCUGUCUGGAGCAGACAUGGUCCUCUCCACAACCACAAUACCUCAGACCUUGGCCAUCUUCUGGUUCCAUGCUGGGGAGAUCUCCCUGGACCGCUGCAUCACUCAGCUCUUCUUUAUCCAUUCCACUUUCAUCUCUGAGUCAGGAAUCUUGCUGGUGAUGGCAUUCGACCGCUACAUUGCCAUAUGUUACCCACUGAGGUACACUACUAUUCUAACGCACAGCCUGAUUGGAAAAAUUGGUGUGACUGUCUUUCUCAGAAGUUAUGGCACCAUUUUCCCCAUAGUAUUUCUUUUGAAAAGACUAACUUUCUGCAGAAACAACAUUCUUCCACACACAAGUUGUGAGCAUAUCGGCUUGGCCAGAUAUUCUUGUGAUGAUAUCCAUGUUAAUAUCUGGUAUGGGCUUUUUGUCCUAAUGUCAACUGUGGUCUUGGAUGUUAUCUUAAUUUUUAUUUCAUAUAUGCUUAUUCUUCGUGCUGCCUUCCAUAUCCCUUCCAAAGAAGCUCGUUAUAAAGCUCUCAAUACAUGUGGCUCCCAUGUCUGUGUCAUCAUCCUCUUUUAUGGGCCUGGCAUCUUCUCAGUCCUCACUGAACGAUUUGGACGCCACAUCUUACCCCAUAUUCAUGUUCUGCUGGCUAAUGUCUGCAUUCUGGUUCCACCAAUGCUGAACCCAAUAAUUUAUGGAAUCAAGACCAAACAGAUCCGGGACCAGGUAAUGUAUAUGUUGUUUCCAAAAGUAAAAUGA